AUGGACGUGUGUCUGCGCUCCGAGCAGCAGCCCGCGCACCUGCAGGAGGGACCAAGCCCCCCAGACAGCCAGAUAGAGGUGGACGAGGAGGCUCUGCACACAGAUGGCAGCAGCGGACCCCCCGGAGAUUCUAACAAGAUAGAACCAUCACUUCAAAGCCUCCUGAAAUUUGUUCCUGCAAAUUAUGCCAGCUACACUCAGGAGUACUACCUGUUUGCAGGCAAGAAGAUCGUCAUUCAGGAGUCGAUAGAGAGUUACGGAGCAGUGGUGUGGCCAGGGGCCACGGCUUUGUGCCAGUAUUUGGAGGAACAUACAGAGGAACUGAAUCUCCAAGAUGCUAAAAUACUUGAAAUUGGUGCUGGGCCAGGCCUUGUCUCCAUCGUGGCCAGUAUUCUAGGAGCUCAAGUCACAGCAACAGAUAUGCCUGACGUGCUCGGGAACCUGCAAUACAACCUUUUAAAGAACACGCUGGGACGAACAGCACACCUGCCUGAAGUGAAGGAGCUGGUCUGGGGAGAGAGCCUGGAACAAAACUUCCCCAAGUCGACUUUCUAUUACGACUAUGUGCUGGCCUCCGACGUGGUCUACCACCACUACUUCCUGGACAAGCUGCUGGCCACCAUGGUGUACCUCUGCCAGCCGGGGACCGUGCUGCUCUGGGCAAACAAGUUCAGGUUCAGCACCGACUAUGAGUUUUUGGAUAAAUUCAAGCAAGUUUUUGAUACAACACUCUUGGCUGAAUUUCCAGAGUCAUCCAUCAAACUUUUUAAAGGAAUGCUAAAAUGGGACUAAACAAAAUGCCUUUCGAAACAAGAGAGUGUCCUUUUGAACAGUGUUAGACAUCGCAUUUCAAGAAAAGAUUUCUUUUCUAAAAACGCGAAGGUAGUGCGUAGAAACAACUUGCAUACCUAGAAUAAACAUCACACUACAGUGACUUUCUAAAAUAAUCUAUUCAGGAUUAUCUGACUAACCUAAACAUACACAAAGAAUAACGUGAAAAACGUAAAAGUAGCUUUGUUGGCUUCCAAGAGUCUCAGCUACGCGUUUAAUAAAUUUUACAUGACUAAGUUAACAAACACAUGGGUUUCCCCUCAUUUCUGCUGGUUUUAAACUUGUUGAUAUAUUUCUGUCACAUGCUUUUUGAAACUGAGCUUGAGA